AUGUCUCUAUGGGUAAUGGCGGCAGACAAGAGCAUUCACAAAGACGAGGUCGAAAGCCCUGCGGUUACCAGCGAGACUCACCGCGACGUCGUAUCGUCCAAAAAUAUCAUCGAGACACACAUUGACAAUAAGCCUGCGCCUCAGAAAGCCGACAGCUCUCCGGUGAUAGAAGGUAAAGAUGAGGAAGACCGUGCUUCUUCGACUCACACUUCUGACGAAGAGCAAGAGGAGCCAGUUGUGGUACCCCGACUGGAGCGUAGGGGGCUCUUUGGGCAGCUUACGCUGCUGGCGGAGGUGGUAGACCCCAAAGUCUAUCCUCGAAAGACGAAAUGGUUCAUCACAUUCAUAGUUGCAGUGGCCGGGGCUGCAGCUCCCAUGGGCAGCUCGAUCUUCUUCCCCUCCUUGUCUCAGGUGUCAAAAGAACUAGGUACCUCGACUACCGUCACAAACCUGUCAAUCUCAUUAUACAUGCUUAGCAUGUCUAUCUUUCCACUGUGGUGGUCUUCGUUUAGCGAAAGGCUUGGACGACGAACAAUAUAUCUUGUCUCUUUCACUCUUUUCGUCAUAUUCAACUCAUUGUGUGCCAUCUCUAGCUCAAUCGCUAUGCUAAUUGUCUUGCGACUUCUGAGUGGAGGUGCUUCUGCCUCGGUUCAAGCAGUCGGCGCGGGAACUAUUGCCGAUCUUUGGGAGCCAAGGGAAAGAGGGCGUGCCAUGAACAUCUUCUAUCUGGGGCCACUGUGCGGGCCAUUGAUAGCUCCCAUUGUUGGUGGGGCUCUAGCUGAGCGAUGGGGGUGGAGAAGUACUUUGUGGUUUUUGGCAGUUUGGGGAGCUAUCACUGUCAUCCUCAUCUUUCUUGCACUUCCUGAAACCCUGGCCGUCUCUGGUCAGGUAAGACAACUCAAGGAAGAACAAAUGGAACCGAUAGAUCGUCAAUUGAGUCGUGUCUCAUCUCGGCAAGUCAUUCACGUUACAACCAAAUGGCUCAAGUAUCUCAAGAUGGUACUCUUGGAUCCUCUGAAGAUUAUUCUCUAUCUGCGGUAUCCCCCGGUUCUGCUCACGGUCUACUAUGCCAGCAUCACGUUCGGCUCUCUAUAUGUACUCAACGUUAGCGUUGAACACACGUUCGGAGGUAGCCCGUACAAUUUCACUACAAUCAUCGUCGGCUUGCUAUAUAUUCCAAACUCACUGGGUUACGUCGUGGCCAGUACCUUCGGGGGCCGUUGGAUGGACAGCAUCAUGCAACGGGAGGCCAAGAAAGCCAAACGGUACGACGAAAAUGGCAAGCUGAUAUACCAUCCUGAAGACCGCAUGCGCGAGAACGCCUGGCUUGGAGCUUUUCUUUACCCUGCCGGGCUGAUAUGGUAUGGCUGGUGUGCGGAUCGGGGCGUUUUUUGGCUGGCACCGAUGAUUGCGAACUUUUUCUUCGGUGUCGGCUCCAUGCUGAUCUUCGGUAUGGCAACGACGAUGUUGACCGAGUUCAUGCCCAAGAAGUCAUCUGCAGGAGUUGCACUCAACAAUUUCAUGCGCAACAUCUUCUCGUGUGUGGGCUCUGUGGUCACUGCGCCGAUCAUAGAUGCCAUCGGCAAUGGGUGGCUUUUCACCAUCCUCGGACUAGUCGCUUUUGCGAGCAGUUCUGUCCUCUUUGUGAUGAGGAUCUACGGACCCCGAUGGAGGAAAUCCAUGGACGCGCUCAGAAAAUGA